GGGUAUUUUCUCUGGUUAAAGGUUAAUGUAGGACGGCGUCGUGUAUCCACGGCGACAGGGUGCAAAUUUAUUCAUUUUUUAAUCGGCACAGAAACGGGACAGAAACGGCAAACAACAGGCCGCUUUGUCAAAUCCUCAAAAUGAAAAAGUCUGCAAUCGGAAAGAGCCAGUCCAGAAGACUGUCCUGUCCAGGGCCUGAUUUUGUCUAUGGAGCACCGACCAUUGUCCGUGACGGAGGAGUGGCAGAGGCCAUCUCCAAUUGGGACACUGCCUCACUAAACACCAGUAGCUCUGCACGAAAGGCAGAGCGGGAUUUUGUGGCUCUGAAUCGCGAGGGAGUGAAGUCAGGCAUGGUGACAGCCAGGGACCUGCGGCACUACCGUGCGACCCACGAUAUCCAACGCCCAAUCGUAACAGACCGGCAUCCUCCAACACGAAUACCACAGGACAUCCCCUUUGGUGUACCUACAAGGCCUUCUGAGUCGAUCGCUGACAUGCUGCAGUACAGGUUUGCCCAGAAGUGGCUGGAGGAACAGCAGGCAAAGGAAAAAACUUUGCUGGGACGCAAGCCAAAAAAGGUUCAGCUCGGGAGGAUCCGGGACACCCGCACCACCCUCCUCCAAAAGGCUCGGCCCCUGGAGCAGCCCCCAUCCACGUGGCAGCUGCCCCGUUUCCAGCAGAUUGGACCAGCUCUGGACACUUUCAGGGACCCUGAAGCUCGAGAGAGAGCCAUGGCUGUACACAACUCUGCGUCCAGAAGAGGAACAUAACAUACAUAAUAGAGACACAUAAUCCAGUUUUUAUCUCUACAAUCCACCAGUCUGUCCUUUAGAUCUCUUAACACUUUAUUACACACUGUUAUAAUGUAAGUAUUUCAAAUAAUUGUACACAUUUUGGGAGAAAAAUAUAAAUAAAUUAUGUAGCGCCUUUA